UGUGCGCGUGCGCGCUCUCUCGGGAGGGGUCGCGAGGCAACCGCUCGUUCCUGCGGGGCGCGAGGCCGGGUUGGCGGCGCGGCGUGCGCCAUCGCCAUAGAGACACCCAGUGACAGCACAGAACGGGAUCCGAGGGAGAAGGAGGAGGAGGCGGCGGAGGCGGAGGCGGAGGCGGAGGGGAGAGGAGGAGGGAAGAGGCCCGCGUCGGUCCAGGCUGGGCCUGGCCGGGCCUCAGCUUCGGGCCUCGCGCUCCGAGGGGGGCUCUCCCAAGAUGGAUUCGGGGGAAGGCAGCAGCGGCGGCGGAGCAGCAGGAGGAGGAGGGCAGGGAGGAGGCGGGAAGAUCCGGAGCCGGCGCUACCACCUGGCCGCGGCCUCCUCCUCCAAGCCCUACCCGAGGAAGAAGCAGGGAAUUAUGAAUAUUGUGAAGGAAUCUGUGAAAAAUAUUGUUCCAACUUGGCUUCAGAGAUACUUCAAGCAAAACGAAGAGACUUCCCCUGGUGAGCAGAGGGGCUUGGAGGAAAAUGUAAACUAUCAUCCUGCCUUUGCAGAUGAUGUUGUUCACAAUACCCUUGAAAUUGAUGGACGAAUCACUCAGCCAACAGGGAUUACAUCAGAAGAGCCUUCAACAAGUAGAUCCAAUUUAAAUUUCACAGAUAUUUUAACAAGGCCCUCUCUCCACCGGAGUCAUCUUAAUUGUAACAUCUUGGACUCCUCACCACUGCUUUGCCAACCAUCCACAUCAUCUGAAUUUCCAGUCAACAAUUCUGGACUUUCACUUGGAAAGGAAAUGAAAGAUUCUACCUCUCAGCAUGAUGAUGAUAACAUCUCAACUACCAGUGGCUUCUCUUCAAGGGCAUCUGAUAAAGACAUAGCAGUUUCAAAAAACUGUAGACCAUCUCUCUGGUCUACAGAAACUGAAAGACCUGUGGCCCUUCCUCACCAGUCAACUAUCAACUCUAAAAAGCCUGGGUUUAAUUUAUCUGCCUUUGGAGCACUCUCCCCUUCACUUGGAAAUGCAUCAGUUCUUAAGACAAGCCAAUUUGGAAAUUCUCCAUUUUAUCCUGGAAAAACCAUGUAUGGUGGUGCAGCUGCAGCAGCAAGACAGUUUAAAAUACGGAGCACUCCAUAUCAGACACCAUUAAGAAGACAGAUGAAAGCCAAGCAAGUGAAUGCACAGUCCUAUGGUGUGACAAGUUCCACUGCACGGCGAAUCUUGCAGUCUCUGGAGAAGAUGUCAAGCCCAUUAGCUGAUGCUAAGAGAAUUCCUUCUUCUUUUUCUUCUUUGUCAUCUCCUGUGGAAAGAAGAAUACUUGAUGUCACUGGUUUCCAUUCACCAAGCAAAAGGGCUGAAUCUCAUUACCCUCCAGUCCAGAAGCUUGUGACACCCAAAACUGUUUCACUGUCAGUGAGUCGUUCACAAUAUUUUAAACCAUCGCUUACAUCCACUACUGAUUCAGGCAGGAUUCGGCAGAGAAUAGAGAUGAACCAUAAAGAGAAAAAUCUGGCAGCAGAACAGCAAAUAGAAUCUUCAAAAAGAAAUGCCUCAAGUCCCAAGUUCAGUACUUCUGCAUCCAAUGGGCUGCCGCCUGCAGGAGGAGGUGGUGCUGGUGGCAAGAUGAGGAGGGAAAGAGGUGUCCAUUAUGUAUCAAAACCUGCACAAGAAGAGGAGCUGGAGACACCAGUGCUACCAGAAAUAGCUUUACCGAUCAAUACAUCAUCUUUGCCAAAUUUCAGCUUUGGCCUCCUUGCUAGUACUUCAGCAUCACCUGUCAGUGCUGCACAGUCAGUGAUGAACAAGGGGCAGCCAGCCAGUAAUGCUAGCAGUCCAGUGUUCAGAUUUUCAUCUCCCAUUGUAAAAUCAACUGAAGCAGAAGUACUGCCUCCAGUGUCUGUUGGUGGCUUUAAAUUUAGUGUUCCUGUUGCAAAAACUUCUGAGCCUUUAGGACCCCAGGAGAUGCCAACAUUGCCUCUGAUGAAUGCAGCUGUCAAUAGUAUUAGCAAUAAGAGAGAACAGGAUUACGAUGGACCUUUUAAGCCUGCAAAAGUCCUGAAAAAAGGAAGUGUUUUGGAUAUUUUGAAGAGUCCUGGCUUUACAUCUCCCACCACUCCAUCAACAUGCUCUUCAGCAGCCACUGCACCUGUUGCAGCAAGCACAGUAGUUUAUACAAGACCUGCAAUAAGUAGUUUCUCUGGAGCUGCUUCAGGACUUGGAGAUUUAUCCAAACAAGUGUCAAGUUAUUGGCAGUGUGAUACAUGCCUCAUACAAAACAAGUUGGCAGACAACAAAUGCAUAGCCUGUCAAGCUGCUAAAGUGCCGGCAUCAGACGGUACUAAGGCAACAGGUACUUUGACUCAGAACAUCACCAUCAAAUCAGCUGUUUCUACAACAGGGACACAGGGCUUUGGAGACAAAUUUAAGGCAGCACCUGGAACUUGGGACUGUGAUACUUGUUUGGUACAGAACAAACCAGAAAAUACAAAAUGUGUGGCCUGUGACACACCAAAACCAGGAACAGGAGUAAAACAAGCUCUUGUGCUGCCUUUUGUCACAGACAAUGCAACAACAGUGUCUUCCUCUUCUAGCUCUGCUGAUACUACAGUCACUUUGGGAUUUGGAGACAAAUUCAAAAAGCCAAAAGGUGCUUGGGAAUGUUCUGUGUGCUUAGUGUCAAAUAAUGCAGAGAACAGCAAAUGUGUGGCCUGCCAGUCAGACAAAGCAGGUGGUUCGGUGUCUGUGGUGAGUAGCAGCGCUUCCUCCUUGCCUGCUCUUUCUGGAGGAUUUCUCGGUUUAGACUCGUUUAAGAAACCAGAAGGAAGCUGGGAUUGUGAAACCUGCUUAGUACAAAACAAAGCUGAUGCCACCAAAUGUGUAGCUUGUGAGAGUGCAAAGCCAGGUAGCAAGACAGAAUUCACAGGUUUUGGUACUGCUGCUUCCUCAGCUCUGUCUUCAGCCUCAUCUACUCCUUCAUUUAAAUUUGGUAUUCAGUCAUCAUCCUCAGAAUCACAUCAAACAUUGGGAAGUACAGGAAAAAACUUCAAAUUUGGAGAACAAGCAGGAUUCAAAUUUGGUAUUACAUCAGAAUUGGGAUCAUCAACAAACACCGUGACAGAAGGCUUUAAGUUUUCUAAAAAUGAAGGGUCUAAAUUGAGAAGCUUUCCUUCAGAGUCAAAAUCUGAGGACAAUAAAGGUAGCAAGAGCACUUUCAACUUUGGACUUCCCUCUGGGACUAGCAAUACAUCUUCUACAUCAUUUCAGUUCGGAAUCUCUAACCUUGGGCAGCAAGAGAAGAAAGAAGGACUUAGCAAGCCGGCUCUUGGAGGUUUCAUUUUUAGUACAGGAUCCUCAACCUCCACUACUAAUUCUGAAAAUAAAACUGGAACAAGUAGCUUCAAAUUUGGAAAUGCAGAGGAAAAGGAAACUGUAGUAACAGCCUUUUCUUCAAAGAAACCAGAGGAGAAAAAAGAUGAAAUUCCCUCAACAAAAAGUGGCUUCACUUUUGGUAAUGUGGAAUCUGUGACUGCUCCACAGGUUGUUUUAGGAAGGACAGAUGAAAAACAGAAAUCUAGUACCAAUCUAGUGUUUGGUAAAAAAGCUGAGAAGGAAGAAUCAAAGGCUGAACCUGUGUUUUCAUUUGGAAGGGCGGAGCAAACCAAAGAUGAUGGCACAGUAAAACCUGCAUUUAGUUUCAGCUUGUCAAAACCAUCAGAGAAAGAAACUGAACAACAGACAAAGCCAGCUUUUACAUUUGGGGCACAGGGAAGCACUGCAGGGGAGAAAGAUAGCAAGGAGCAAGAGAAUGAAGAUACAGAGUACAGUUCCAGCUUAUAAUAGAUGGAAGACAUGGCAAGAAUCUGUGGUAGAAACUGGAUAAGAGAAAACAGUGUCAAAGCAAUAUGCAGAAGAGGUCCAACAAGCAGCAAAAGCCAUGGCAUGAAGAACAUUACAACAUUUGAGAAUGAAGAAUUGCCCCUAGUGUUUUAUUAGAAAGAAUGGACUAGUUUGGAGAGAAGAAAUUGAAAAUGGCAUGAGAGAUUAACUUGAAAGAAAAGGAAAUAGAUUGAAACAUAAUCCAAGAUGCAGAUGUGAGGAGAGGGGGAAAUGACAUCAUGAAAGAGAAAGGAGGGCCUGAAGGAAAAUCAAUGAGUUUGGUUAUAAGUGAAGUUUGAGCUUAGUGAGAAGACAAAUGAAGUAAAAACAGAAAUACUAAACAAAGAAGUGAGGCUAUGAGCAGAGAAAGAGAGUUUUGAGUCUUAAAGUGUUAAGUGAUAACCAGCGAGAAGGAAGAUGGAAGCAAAAAACUCCCUACUCUUUUAAAGUGAAGGAGACUUGUAAUGAUGCCUUGUGGAACAUAUAAACACAAGGGAAAGAAAAAUGAAUAAAGACUAAUAAAGGCAACAGUGAAAUUAGAAAAAGUAAGACCUUUAUCAAAUCAAGACGGAAUUAUUGAACCAGUUGAAAGUAAAAGCAGAAGAAACUCUUCAAUACAGUGCUCCAUAUUUACAUAGUUUUCUUUGAGCAUCCAAACAUUUUAUAUGCAUUGUAGUGAAUUUUUUUUCAGUAAAAGUAACAAACAUAGAAUCCAGACCAAAAAUGUUAAAAGCUGAAUUAGAAGAAAGAGAGGCUGUUUACAAAAAUCGCAAAGCAAGUUGAGAAGUGGUUUUUAUUAUGACCAAUGGAAGACUGAUCAGGAGGAAGAGCCUGCUGCAGCUGAUCUUCCAAGAGAGUUGGUGAAGUAUGAGGAGAGAGAUCAGGAACAACAUUGGAAGAAAGAGUAGAAGCCUGAAUGGAGAAAGCCAGCAAACACUGCUGGAGGGCAUAAACAUGAGUGGUGUAAUGAACAAGCACUGUAAAAUGAGCAAACUAUAAACUGACUUGGAUCCCCUCUGCAACUCUUGUAUAUUGUCUGUUUCUUUUUAUUGACAGUUGCAUAUAUUGGUAGAAUAGGCAAAAGAUUCAACCAAGGCCUUUUGGCUCAGGUUGUGCCCUUAUGGACAUCCAUUCAUAUCACACAAAUUAGGCCUGCUUUCUUUCAAAGUGGGUGGCAGUUGACCAUCCUAAUGUAGUCCCAUGCCUUGUUACAAGCAAAACUGGUUUAUUAGUACAUAGCCAUAACCCUCAAUCCAAUAAAUGAUUUAUUAGAAAGCCCUUAUGCAUUCCCUCCCUUCUUCCACCUUUCUGAUGUGCAUAUAAUGAGAAACCUCUGAGCUUUGUCAAACCAUUAUAUCUUCUUUUGACUUGUAGUUGGCAACUGAGCAUAGAUUUUGGAUUCCGACAGUUUUGCAUUAUGCUACUUAUUUAUUCAUUUAAUUGAUUGUUUGUUUGGCUGAUUUAUACCCUGCCUUUUUCUGUACAGAAUCUUCUUUUAUGGUACAUCAGAGAAGAGAAGAAUGCAUUUCUACUUCUCAGUUUAAUAAACCAUGAUUUAUGAGACUAAGGUCUAAGACACACAGCAGAAAUAACCCAGUUUGAGACCGCUUUAACUGCCCUGG